UUUUUUUUUUUUUUUUUUUUUUUCCCUUCAUUCUUUUUUGACCCCUUCUCCCUUUCAACAACUUCGCUCUUGGCCCUUCGAGACCUUCGCUCGUUAGAACCUCGCCCUCCAUUCGCGUCACUCGUUAGCAUUGGAGGUCUUACGGUAGAGGGAGCAACCAGCUCCUAGAGUACAUUCACAAUGUUGUCGGACAAAUAUGUCGGCCUGCUGUUGGCCAUCAUGUCUACCAUGGCCAUUGGCACAAGUUUCGUUAUUACAAAGAAGGGCUUAAUGCACGCGUCCGAAAGACAUGGAUUUGAAGGAGAAGGCUUUUCUUACCUGAAAAGCCCCAUCUGGUGGAGUGGUGUGAUUAUCUUGGGAUUAGGAGAGGUCGCCAACUUCGCCGCAUACGCCUUUGCGCCUGCCAUCCUGGUGACUCCGCUAGGCGCACUGAGCGUGCUUAUUGGAUCCGUUCUCGGUUCAUAUUUUCUUCAGGAAAAACUCGGCACAUUGGGCAAACUCGGCUGCGCCAUGUGCUUGCUCGGCUCGGUGGUUAUCGUUCUCCACGCGCCCCCGGACAAGCAGGUCACAACCAUCGAUGAGAUUCUGGGAUAUGCACUCCAGCCCGGAUUCCUGAUCUACUGCCUCGCCGUUGCCAUCUUCUCGACCGUCAUGAUUUACCGAGUCGCGCCCGUCUACGGCAAAAGGAACCCGCUCAUCUACAUCUCGAUCUGCUCCACCGUCGGCUCGGUUUCCGUCAUGUCGGUCAAGGCUUUCGGUAUCGCGGUGAAACUCACGCUGGGCGGAAACAACCAAUUCACGCAUGCGUCGACUUACGUCUUUAUGAUUGUCACCGGUUUCUGCAUCCUGACACAGAUGAACUACUUCAACAAGGCCUUGAAUCAGUUUUCUACUUCGAUUGUCAACCCCCUCUAUUAUGUCACCUUUACCACCGCCACCCUGUGCGCCUCUUUCAUUCUAUUCAAAGGCUUUAACACCACCGAUGCCGUGAACACCAUUUCCCUUCUGUGCGGAUUCCUGAUCAUCUUCUCCGGUGUUUACCUCUUGAACCUUUCUCGACAUGACCCCGACGGGCGGCACCUGAUGAACGGCAAGCUGGACGACGAAGGAGUGCCUACGGAUGGCAUUGCGAGCUUCCAGACCCGUCGCUCGAUGCAAUCUCGCCGAAGCAAUGAGCCUCACCGCCGUAGCUCGUCGAGUAUCGCCUACCUCAAUGGCCAUGGCGACCGCGAAGGGCUCAUCCGGUCUUACGACGUUGAGAACCAGGCGUUCGGACUGUCUGAGUUGACGGAAGAGAGCGAUGGAGAACCCGGUCCUACAUAUAAACGAAGUGCUGAUAUAGAGCGCUCUUCGCAAGCACCAGAUAAACGUGACGAGCGGUAGACCUAUACAGACUCGCCGUCGCCGGUGCUGAUUGAUGUUAUUAUCCACCUUUUUUCCCUUGCUUCCAUGUGCCUACUAAACUUCUUUUUCUCCCUCUCCGUUCUCCCGACUCUGAUUUAUAUUUCACGAAAGCUGACUGCGACUCUGCUGCUUUUUAUCUCUUUUUCUCCUUUGUUGCUGCACCGACUUAAACACCCCGAUCCACGAUUAUUUUUCAAGUCCGCAUGAUUGCCAUUCCCCUUUUUCUUUUUUCUUUUUUUUUUUUUUUUUUCUUUCUU